GCUCUGCGCAGCUGCAACUCGAAUUCGAGUUCACGUAGUAAAUAGAAGCAUCAGAAGUGACAGGUGUAGAGAAGUUUGAGACAAACAGUUUUGUAUGUUUUGUGUAAUUGAAAUUUAAUAAAAAUGGAUCCAGCAUUGCUUAGAGAGCGAGAGCUCUUUAAAAAACGAGCUCUCUCCACACCAGCGGUAGAAAAGAAGAAGAAGGAACAGGAGAAAGAUUCUACAAGAGAUGAGCCACUUAAGAAGAAACCAAAACCGUCCACCGUGUCCACUGGACCAAAAUUGGACAUGGUCAAUUACAAGACUAUGUCUGGUAGUACACAAUACAAAUUUGGUGUGUUAGCUAAAAUAGUAAAACAUAUGAAAGCUAGGCAUCAAGAGGGUGAUGAUCAUCCUUUAACAUUAGAAGAAAUCUUAGAUGAAACAAAUCAAUUAGAUGUUGGAUCGAAGGUGAAACAGUGGCUUCAAACAGAAGCUCUCAUUAAAAAUCCAAAGAUAGAAGUGACCUCGGAUGGUAGAUUCGUAUUCAAAGCUAUGUACAAAAUUAAAGAUAAAAAAUCCCUGUUGAGGUUGUUGAAGCAACAAGAUUUGAAAGGUCUCGGAGGAAUAUUAUUAGAAGAUAUACAAGAAAGUCUACCACAUUGUGAUAAGCAUUUAAAGAGUUUACAGAAUGAAAUAUUAUUUAUAACAAGACCACUGGAUAAGAAAAAGAUUGUAUUCUACAAUGAUAAAACUGCCCAGUUCCCAAUAGACGAUGAAUUUCAGAAGUUAUGGAGAGCAGUUGCAGUCGAUGCAAUGGACGAUCAGAAGAUAGACGAGUAUUUAGAAAAACAAGGAAUACGAUCUAUGCAAGAUCACGGUCCGAAGAAACCAGCACCAAUUAAGAGAAAGAAACCUACGAGCAAGAGGAAACAGUUUAAGAAGCCAAGGGAUAAUGAACAUUUAGCUGACGUUUUAGAAACGUACGAUGAUAAUAAAUAAAUAAUUUAAAUUUUGUAAAUAUAGAUCAACUGAAAAAACUGUAUAAGCGUUAGUAUGUAAGGAAAACCGUCUAUUUUUAACAUUUGAUAUUACAUAUCACAUGGAUAUAAUAAAUAAGUAGAGUAUUUAUUGUCAACUUCAUUGUAAGUACAAAAUAAAUAUAGACUAACUAUUACAAGUUU